AUGCUUCGUGUUCUCUUCGGUCGACGUCUUUUGUCAGCGCGUGCAGUAGUCACAGACUCUUCACGUUUCUUUCAUGCAUCAACGUUUCUAUUCCACGGUGACAUGUCAAAGUUUGCAUCUAAUCCGACUGUGCAUAUCCAGUUCAAGCUGCGUGACAAUUCGAUAAAACAAGUGGAAGCGAAGACAGGAAUGUCGCUGUUGGAGGUAGCCCAUGCCAACGAGAUUGACCUAGAGGGUGCGUGUGAAUCAUCCAUGGCUUGCUCCACAUGCCACGUGAUUCUGGAAGACUCUGUGUUUGAAGAGCUGGACGAACCUUGCGAGGAUGAGGAAGAUAUGCUGGAUAUGGCCUUUGGACUUACAGACACAUCUAGGUUAGGUUGCCAGGUGAUCGUAGACGAGAGCUUCGAGGGAACGACAGUGACAUUACCUCAGGCUACACGCAACUUUUACGUCGAUGGUCACGUACCCAAGCCGCACUAG